AUGAGUGGCGUGUCCGUCAAGCUAGCCACGAAGCUCCAGAGGGCGUUCCAGGGCUUUCUGUUUCUACUGAUCCUGGCCAGCUGUGUCAGCACCCUCAGACCUUCCAGUAUCAACCUGCGGACGUUCAUUGGCUGUGCCGUGCGUGAAUUUACGUUCUUGGCCAAGAAGCCAGGUUGCAAGGCAAUGCGCAUCACCACGGAUGCCUGCUGGGGCAGAUGUGAGACAUGGGAGAAGCCAAUCCUGGAUCCCCCUUACAUCGAAGCACACCACCGUGUCUGUAACUAUAACGAAACUCAGCUGAUAACAGUGAAGCUACCAAAUUGUGCGCCCAACGUCAGUCCCUUCUACACCUACCCCAAGGCCAUCCGGUGUGACUGCAGCGUAUGCCUCACCACAAGCACAGAAUGCGAGACCAUUUGA